GAAGUCCGAGAUGGUGGAGCCGGUCUCCACUUGUUGGGGUUUCGGCUCCGCUGUGGGAUCCGCCUCUCCUCUUCCUGCCCGCGGAACAGCGAGUGUCCGUCAGCGCCUCACUGCACCGGCUCUCUGCCUCAGGAAAUGCCGGAUCCAGCGAAACCCGCUCCCAAGGAGGGCGCCAAGAAAGCUUUGUCCAAACCAGCGAGCAAGUCUGGCAAGAAGCGCAAGAGGUCGAGGAAGGAGAGUUACUCCAUCUGCAUCUACAAAGUGAUGAAGCAGGUUCACCCCGACACCGGCAUCUCCUCCAAGGCCAUGAGCAUCAUGAAUUCAUUCGUCAACGAUAUUUUCGAGUGCAUCGCGGGCGAGGCUUCCCGCCUGGCCCAUUACAACAAGCGGUCAACCAUCAGCUCCCGGGAGAUCCAGACCGCCGUGCGCCUGCUGCUGCCCGGGGAGCUGGCCAAGCACGCCGUGUCCGAAGGGACAAAGGCCGUGACCAAGUACACCAGCUCCAAGUGAAGACAAGUUUACUGA